AUGGAUUGUGAAUUGUGCAAAACUCAAAGAAUCUAUAGUAAAUGCUAUGAUUGCAGAGAUUUUUAGUCUCCCAGCAAAUUAUUUAUAUCAAUAUGCCAGCAGUGCGACCUUCAAAAUCACACUUUAAAUGGUGAUCAGCAAUCCUAAUUGUCGCAUAGAUCGCAGGGAUACAAUGAAAACAACACGCCUGUAAAUGGCCAUACCCAUGUUAGGGUACUCGUUUGCUCUGAAUGUGAAGAGUAAGAUGCAUAUGGAUACUGUAAUGACUGUGAGCAAUACAUGUGCUAGGACUGCAGUAAAUCCAUUCAUAAUAAAGGUGCAAGAAAACGCCAUAUCCUUGACUAACAAAAAAUGAUUGAGAUUGGAUAUAGUACCCCUUAGCAAGUGCAGACAAAGAUAGAAAACUUGAGAACGAGGUCACAACACUAAUAGACCCCAAUCUAAGAACAGCAUUCUCAGAAAAAUCACGACUACAUCUCAAACAGCUCAAGACAGUCAAGCAAGCAAUUAUAAGAAGAUGAAAGAGUGCAGAGUUUUGACAGCUCCAAUCAAGACUAGACAAUUACUCUAUUGCUUCUAGUUUUUAGAGAACAAGCCAUAAAGGGGAAUUUAAUGUUGCCGUAUGAGCAAAUAGUAUAAAUACUUUCAGAUAAUCUUCAAUUGAUAUCUCAAUAAGCGAAAGAUCUGAUUCUAAAAGUAGAAUAAAAAGGAUACAUCUAAACGACAGUCAGAUAGUUUGGAAAAGCCAAAACUCUUACCUUCCUAAGCAUGAAGCUCAGCUUUAUUUCUUUUGAGAGUGUACAGUGGGUGCUUAGAAGUUUACACAAUGACGAGAUGUGUCCCAACGAGAGAGCCGUCUAGAGCAGGGUGAAAGAGGCAUUCGGCAUUAAGAUAAGCGGAUACUUAUGGGAAAUUAUAAUGGAAUUCAUACUCAAAGAUUAAUAUCAGAUUUAUGACGUUGAAAAGACAAUGCAUAUUGACUUGAAGGCUAUCAAUCAGUAAUAUGCUAACUCAUACUUCUCAAUUGACUUUGUGAAUAACUAUGAGUUCAAGUAUUUACACAACUACUUGAAAAGAAUAAUUGAAUACAGCAGAGUUCAACUUGAAGUUGAGGAGACUGAGGAUAACACUUAAGCUUCAUAGAAAACUUUCAACAUUUAUAUAAAAGGACAGUUAUAUGAAGGCUUGGACUAAGUAAGCAUGAAGGAUAAUUCUUAUGAAAACGAUCUAUACAAAGCGUUUAAGAAGUUUUUAGAGGAUUAUUUCUUGGGGAGAGUAGAGUUUCCCAUAGAAAAUCAGCAAGAUGAAGUGCUUAUGAAAUUGCAGAAGAUAAGUUUCGCCAAAAAUAACUAAAAGUCUUCAGGAAGCAACAGUGGAAAUCAUACUUAGAAAAGCUCAUCAGCUUUAGAUAGCAAGCAGAGUCUUGAACCAGAUUUCAAUGAAGAUGGAAGAGCAAUCACUGGGGGAAGGUAUGGGUGUGCCUAGUUUGUAAAAGUAUGUGGACCUUCAUUGAUGAAAAAACAGUCUCUGGGAAGAUUGGCAUAAAUGGCAGUAAAGUAAGCCAUUAUUGAAGUUUUAGCUGAACAAAAAGGGAAGGUUCAAUUACCUCAACUUCCAAAUCUGCUUAAAAGGAAAUUACCAUUCAAGCUAGAUUAUAAUUAACUUGGAUUUGCAAAGUUGAAAGAUCUAAUUAACAGUAUGAAUAAUGAGAUCAAACUGGAAUUGAUAGGUCCUAAUCAUACCUUUGCUUAUUUGAUGCUAUCUGGAAGAUACCAUCAUGAAAAUGGGCAUUCGGAUGAUAUCUAAAAUAUUCCAAGAGACAAAAAUCUUAUAGAUAACAACCAAAAGACACUCUCAGUAGACAUUAAUACUUCAUAAAGAGAUAUAAUGAGCAAUCCUUUUGCUGAUAGUACUCUUUAAUCCAUACUAAAUGCAUUCUAUUAAAUGCUGAUGGAGCAUCCAUUCGGAGUAGAGUCAACUAACAUAAUAAGCUAAGUUAGCAAGUAUCUUGGUUUCUAAUUUGACAUUAAAGAUUAUGGAUGUCACAGCCUUAAUGCAGUAAAAUAAUUAGGUCAAUGGGUAUCAAAGAAGUGGGUCUCAAAGCUCUCAUUCUUUGGGCAAUUCUAAUAGUCAAAGUUCCUUAAACAGUCUGAAUCCUAAUUUAUAACUCCAAUUAAUAGAAGAGUUAUAUCUGGUAAACUUGCAGGAAACACAAAUAACUUCUAUCAGACCUUUUAAGGAAUAGUUCCGACUUAAAUGAAUCAAAAUUUUGACAAUUAGCAGUACUAUAGUAAUCUGUAUUUAGCUAAUUAAUUGAAUCAAUAUGGCAAGCAGAACUAUCCUGAAGGAGAUUUGAAUAGAGUUCCUUCAAGUAGCACUUUUCAUAUGCCUGGAGCUUCUAGUUUUUACGGGAAAGCAAACAGUUCAUAGACUCAUUUGAAUGUGAGUUAGUUUAAAAAUGACUUCGACGUUGAAGUUUCAUCUUAAACUCAAUAAAAUUAGUCAUCUCAAUCUAACUUACAAAUGAACAGGCAACAUUAAUAUCAUAUGUCCUUUGACUAAUAUGCCCUAUAACUCAAGAAAUAGAGUUAGAAUGUCCCUGCACAAGCUUAACAAAACUUUUAACCAGUAAAUCAAAAUACCUAGUAAAGAAAUUUUGGUACUUUUGUAAGUGGAGGUAGUUUCCAAACUGUCCCUGAGAUUUAACAUAAUAGAAGAGUUAAUCAUUCACACGGUGGUGGCCCAAUUUUUCAAAGAAACUUCCAAUAACUAAGUCCAUUUUAUGAGAGAAUGUACAGUGUCGAUACUUAGAAUGAACAAAGGUCAAGAUCGAAUUCACCACAUCACAAUAAGACAAUAAGUUACUUGAAUGUAAACUCUGCAACUAGCUCCUAAGAUUUUUCAACUCUCCCCAUUCAUUCUCAUAACUUUUACCAAAACUCAUAAGCAAUACCAAACUAUCACUAAUCUAAAACUAAAUUGUAAGUGCACGAAGAGGAAAGCAGAGAAUCCUCAAUGGGGACGUCAGAAAUUAAUACAAGUCAUGACAAAAGAAUGGACAAUAAAAAUAGCACUAAUAAUAAUUAGUUGGAUACAAAUGACGAGGAUGAGCAUCUUGCCAUUCACUCUUAACUUAUAGAAGGCAUUCUAGAGGACUAAUAUGAUGAUUUUAAUCAUUAAAAAUCCAUUGAUGAAAUUUCAAUUAAGACAACUGUAGUUCAUACACCUUAGCUUUCCAAGGGUUCUAUGUCUAAUCUUAUUCCUGGUUCAUUUAUUUCAUACCAGCAGCAAAUGCCAAAAAAUCUCUAACCGAAUCCACUUGGGACAAGUCCUUAUGGCAGAAGUGAAUUAACUGAUUAUGAAGAGCAGGCAUUGAUAUUUUAGCAACAGCAAAAUCUUGUAAUAAAGAGAUAGCAAUAGUAAUUACUCUAAUAGUAACAGUAAAUGUAUGCAGCUCAAGGCAUCUACCCAAAUGCUCAAGGACUUUUAUUCUAGCAGCAGCACAUCAAAGCCUUGAGUGAAGAUUUCUCAAACAACAGUCUCAGGAACUAAUUUAUGUACUAACAAUAAUACUUUUUCCAAGAUAAUCACAAUGCUCACUAACAUACCCCAGUAGGUUUACAUAGUCAUCAGUAAAGAAUUAACAUGAUAGAUCCAAAUAGCAUGCUCGGGACUUUUCACCCUGAUAAUCGUCCUAACUGA